AUGAAGCCCAGCACGAUAGAAACCCGACUGUUCAUCAACAACGAGUUCGUCGAGUCCCAAACCGGCAAGACAUUCAAGAUCUCCAAUCCGGCCACCGACCAAGAGAUCUGCUCCGUGCAUGAAGCGUCCAAGGAAGAUGUCGACCUGGCGGUCGACGCCGCGGAGGCGGCAUUCCCGCACUGGAGCGCGCUCGCCGCGCAUGAGCGGGCCAUGUGUAUGUUCAAAUUCGCGCAACUCGUGCAGCGGGACGCGCAGCAGUUGGCCGAGCUGGACUCGAUGUGUAUGGGGAAGCCCGUCCAGUUGCUGAAGAAGAUGGACAUUCCUGCCCUGGUGGGCGUGUUCAACUACUUCGGCGGCAGCGGAUACCAUAUCGUGGGGGAGUCGAGUCUCAGUUCGCCCAAUUUUCUCAACGUCAGCGUGCGACAGCCUUACGGCGUGGUCGGGCUGAUCAUACCCUGGAAUGUCCCGAUGAUCAUGUUCGCCUUCAAAGUGGCCCCAGCCCUGAUAUGCGGCAACACCAUCGUGCUCAAAUCGUCAGAGAAAGCACCGCUCUCGUCACUAAAACUGGCGGCCCUGAUCAAAGAAGCAGGCUUCCCGCCCGGCGUGGUCAACGUGGUCUCCGGCUUCGGCGACCCCACGGGCACCGCGAUCGGCAUGCACAUGAAGAUCCGAAAGAUCAGCUUCACCGGCUCCGUGGCCACGGGCCGCAAGAUCCUCCGCAUGGCCGCGGACUCGAACCUGAAGAACGUGUCGCUCGAGCUGGGCGGCAAGAGCCCCGCCAUCAUCUUUGACGACGCCGACCUGGAAGCCGCGGCAAGGUACACGCACUACAGCAUCAACCACAACAGCGGGCAGCACUGCCAGGCCAACAGCCGGGUGUUGGUCCAGGAGGGGAUCGCGGACGCGUACAUUGAGCGCCUGAAGACGUUGAUGGCAAAAGUCACGAUCGGCGAUCCUGCCGACCCGGCCACGUUUCAGGGCCCGCAGUCCGAUCAUGCCCAGCUGGCGCACAUCCAGCGGCUGGUCGAGCAGGGAGCCAAGGACGGGACGCUGGUCUAUGGCGGCCAACGACACGGCACGACGGGGGCGUUUAUCGAGCCCACGAUCCUCAAGAACGUGCCCACGACGAGUGUCGCUUACCGGGAAGAGAUCUUUGGCCCCGUCGUCAUCGUGAACACCUUCAAGGACGAGGCCGACGUGUUGGCCGAGGCGAACUGUACGGAUUUUGGGUUGUUCUCCUCCGUGUAUACCACCAACUUUGACCGGGCCGUCCGGGUCGCCAAAGCCCUCGAGGCCGGCGCCGUGGGGAUCAACUGCUCGGUGCCCGUGCGCGCGGUCGACAUGCCCAUCGGCGGCUGGAAGCAGAGUGGCAUGGGCAAGGAGCUGUCCCUGCACGGCCUGAACACGUACACGGAGUUGAAGACGAUCUUUAUGAAGUACAACAACGAUCCGACCAGUAUGGCGGUCAAUACGUGGCAUAGCGGGCAGAUGCAGAACGGCAUAUAA